AAAAAGAAAAGCUUUGGUUCCGUCACGUUAAUUUCAUACAGAUCAUACUUCGAAAUUUGUAUAGGAGACACAGCUCAUUUUCAUUCUUUAACAAAAAAAUAACAUCUUAUUUUGUUUUGUCACAAACAGCAGAAAAUUAUUCCACAAGGAAGCUCUGUUUCUAUCUUUCGCACUACGCAUCCUCGACUACCAUCCAUUUUCAUUUUUUCCCAAAUUCUUAUAUAAACUUUCCAAGACACGAAAGUACUUUUUAUUGAAUAAUACGAAUAAAUAAAUUUAAAAGGUGAAAUAUCCAUUUUCAAAUAAAUGGUAACGUGUCUUUUUCCAUUAGGCGAGACGAUCAAAUCUGAGCAAACAAAGUUGUCUUUAUAUCUUUAUAUCUAAAGGAACAUUUUGUGAAAGAGAGGGAGAGAGUAAGGUGAAUCCAUGGCGUCGAAGAUCGUCUCAGCCAUAGUCUUUGUGUUCAACGUCAUUGCCUUUGGUCUAGCCGUUGCGGCUGAACAAAGACGAAGCACUGCAACGGUUGUGCAAGACACUGAGGUGCAAUACAACUACUGUGUGUAUGAUUCGGACAGAGCCACAGGGUAUGGAGUUGGAGCCUUUUUGUUCUCAUUAGCUAGUCAACUUCUUAUCAUGCUCGUUAGCCGCUGCUUCUGUUGUGGAAAGCCUCUCAAGCCUGGCGGUUCACGCGCCCUUGCCCUCGUUCUCUUCAUUGUCAGCUGGAUGUUCUUCUUGAUAGCGGAGAUAUGUCUGUUAGCUGGAUCCGUAGAGAAUGCAUACCACACCAAGUACAGGACAAUGUUCAUGGACAAUCCUCCUGACUGUCAAACUCUUCGUAAGGGUGUCUUUGCCGCGGGAGCUUCCUUUGUCUUCUUCAACGCCAUUGUCUCUCAGUUCUAUUAUUUCUUCUACUCCUCUGCUGCUGAGGCCUCUCUCUCGCCUUACUAAAAGGGAUUUUAACCAACAAAAUAAGUUUGUUUCUUGUCUAUGUUGCUAUGUGAUAUACUAAUGUCAUAUUUUGGGAGUGUUGUUUUCUUAUGUAUGACUGCAAAAUUAUUAGACGUUGAGAGUACAACUAUGAGUUUUGUAGAUUGAUUUGUUUGGAUAUUGAAUUCAAAUGUUGUUUUUGAAAGGCAGAUUAUAUUUGAUGAAUUGCGAUUUAUAUAGUUGGUAGUUGUGUGACAUGUUCUUUCUGUAUGCUAUUUUUGUUUUUUCACCAUAUGUUUAUUCAAUAAUAAUAAAAUAUUGACAUUAAAAAAAAUUA